GGCGGGCGCGCCGAGUGGCGGGCGCUCUCGUCCGGAGGAGAAGCCAGGCUUUGCGGUAGCCGGAGGAGCCGUGAGGAGCAGCACAUCUCCGCCCGUUGCUCUCUCAGGCACAUCCCCAGCUCAGCUCUGACUCCGCCUGUCCGCCGCCGCCGCCGCUCUGCCUCUUGGGCUCCUGCGCUGCUUCCAGCCGCGGACGCUCGCCCGCUACCCGAAUUUCUCCCGCCGCCGCCGCCGCCGCCCGAAGACCAACCGAGCGUGCCCACCCGAGGGUCAUGCCUGCGCCCGGCUGCCUCCGCCCCGCCUGCCUCCAGCUUGGCGGGUGAGGCAGCCUCCUCCUCCUCCGCCCAGAUGCACUACAAUCCCGUGGCACUUGAGAUUUCUGCAAGGCUUUCUGCAAAUUCCAAGCAUAUGACUAUUUGAUUAUCCAUGUCUACACUGACGUUCAAAAAAGCAAAAAGAACACAUAUUUAUCUUAGUGACAUCUGCCAUUGAGUUUUUGAGGAAAAUGGAAAGUGUGAGUGAACUUCAGAAUCCACUGUUGGCCAAGAACAAUGGACACCUUCAUGGUAGCUGUACUUAUCACCAGGAUUACCAUGGUCAUCGUUGUCAUGGCAAAUUAUAUUCCUAUAUCUUCCAAAAUUCAGGUAAUGCAAGGACACACCAGUUGUUGGAUGCCAGUUCUCUUCAACUAGCUGUUGAAGCGCUGUAUGGUCCAAAUUUCAUUCUGGUGAAGGAUGAAAGCAGUGUCAAAGUCAAAGACAACAAAGGUGACAACUGUGAGACAACCUUCAUGGAAAACAAAGACCCAUCCCCUGAUGUUUCUGAUGAGCAAGAAACACAGGGAAGAUCUCUAAUGGAAAAUGAUAUCAAAAUCCAGACAGUAUCUUAUGAAGUAGAAGAAGAGGAAUUGCAGGAAUAUGAGAGUGACUCUUCAAGUGACAGCGAGAGUGAAGAUAACUUUCUGAUGCUUCCUCCACGAGACCACCUAGGCUUAGCUAUUUUCUCAAUGCUCUGCUGUUUUUGGCCCCUGGGAAUUGCCGCCUUCUGUUUUUCUCAAGGGACAAGUAAAGCCAUCUCCAAGGGGGACUUUCACCAGGCAAGCUCAGCUUCUCGACGAGCACUCUUCCUGGCUGCACUUUCUAUUACCAUUGGCACAGGGGUAUAUGUUGGAGUGAUUGUAACACUGAUUGCUUACCUCUCUAAAGGUGGGCAUGUAUAAUAAAGACUGUUACAUAAAAUGCCCGUCAUUCUUCCCACAUGGAUAAGCCUCCUGGAUUAAGUGCUUUAAAUGCUAUACAGGACAACAUGCUUACAGACUGAAAAGGAGCUUUCCACCCCCCUCACACAUUCAAAUAAAUUGUACAGACUUUUUUUUUGAAUGAACAAUGACCUACUUUACAUUAUAGCCUGACAAGCUAUUUUUAAAAAAACCCUUCGUGCAAAAAUGAGUGCAUGCUUGAACAGCCUGGAUUUUGAGACUGCCAAGAACAAAAGAGGGAAAUGGGAUUUAAAAAAAAAAGUCUGCAGCGUGUUUCUCAGACCAAUUUUCUUGUGAGCUAAAUCUGCCAUUUGUGAGGUUCAAUUUCCUAUUGGAAUUAAGCCUUGGUCUUGUUCAGUGCACACGGUAAAGAGAAGAAAAUGGAGGAAUGUUCAUUGAAAAACUUUCGUUAGGGUAUUGGGGGUACACAGUGAUAUUUGUCAAGAUGUUUCCAUUUUGAUCCAGAGAUUCUAGCUACCAGAUCAAUUCAUCUGUGAGUAUCUAUCACACAAAGCCAGUUUUCCCCAAAGCUCUCUUUCAGAGCCAUUCCCAUACAGCUUGCCUCUCCACCUAGAAUUCUCUUCUAUGUCAGAUUUUCCCUACAGUGUCAUCUCAUUCAUCUUUGAAGAAUGAUAUUCAGCUGUCACUUCAGUUAUAAGAUAGCACCUGCUUUAAAGAAGACACAGAAAAAACUAUGUAAUUAUAGUAAUUCUAAUUGAACAGCCUUGGGAAAAUCUUCUGGGCCUUCUAUUUUUUAAUUAUAUUUUAGGAUGCAUAUUACAGUAUCAAAUAGAAUGAAUUAAUAUUAUUUCAGAUUUUAUUAUGACAUGAAAAACCCAUCAAGAGAUAUUACAGCAUGAUUACUUUUUAUCAUAUGUAACAGUUUUAUUUUGUGUGACAUCUGGAAUCAAAUUCUUAUACAGGUCUUGCUUAACUACAAUAACUGGGACCAGCAACUCCAUCACUAAGCAAUACAAUAGUUAAGCACAAUGUCACUUGACCAUGCUGGCAGUUAUGGCAGUUCUGGUUGCUGUUGUUAAGUGACUCCUGUGUGGUCAUUAAGCAUGACAUCACAUCAUUACCCAUUGUGACUUCCUGCCAGCUUCUUCGCUGGUCAAAUGCUGGCACUGAAUAUCACAAUUAGUGGUUACAUGAACAGAGGAAACUCUGACCAUUAUAUUUGCAAACCAGCCACCAAGCAUCCAAAUCAGGGGUCUCC